UCCUUUUCUCUCAACACCCUUUCUCUCUCUCUCUCUCUCUCAGUCAGAGUCGUCUGUCGUUUGCAGUUAUUCUUCCGACUGCUCAGUUUGCGAACCAAUGGUGGUUGAAACUUUUCAGGUUCGUAACCACGGCUUGGCCGAUGUUGCCGUCGCCGUCGCUGUCAGCGAUAAGGAGACGAAGAGGAUGGCGCCGGUGGCUAAGAGGGUUCAAUACAGAGGCGUACGGAAGCGUCCAUGGGGGCGUUACGCUGCCGAGAUUCGAGAUCCGUGGAGGAAGGCGAGGAAGUGGCUGGGGACAUUUGAUACCCCAGAGGAGGCUGCUAUGGCCUACGAUAAAGCUGCGAGAGCCUUCCGCGGAUCUAAGGCGAAGACUAAUUUCGGCGAAGGAGGUCUUGCCGUUACUGGAUCUGCUUCUUCUCUUCCUCUUUCUCAAAUUUUCCAGAGGAACAUGAAUGAAUUGCCUGCCGCUUAUGUUACUGCUGUCGGUCGGAACUUGUGUUCCCCCGUAGGUGUUGCGGCUGCUACUCCGGCCAUUUCUGGUUAUCCUGGAUAUAAGUUUGAGUCAGUGGAGGUUGUGGUGAAAAACGAACAGGAGAAGCUGAAACAGGAGGAGAAGAAGCCGUUGUCCAUCGAUCUCAACCUCCCUCCUCCUCUCUUCUGAUCUGCUUGCCCGGUCGAUGUUCGCCGGAAAUAUCGCGACGGCCGUAGAACUACCGGCGCCGUCUUUUCAAAGUUCAAUAAUUUCCUUUCUUGCCGUUUUUACCCUUAUGGUUUAGAUCUAAUUUCCUGCUGUGUAUAGUUAUAGAGAAGCUUUUGAGAUGUGAUUUAAGACAGGAAAUUUAAAUAGAAAAAGAAAAAAAGAAAUUAUACCUUUGA